AUGGCACUCCUUGUUUAUGUGGAUGAUAUGUUCUUGGCUAGCAAUGACAAACAAUCUAUUCGUGAGUUCAUUGUUUUUAUGAAUACUCAUUUCAAGCUCAAAGAUUUGGGGCCUUUGAAGUUUUUUCUUGGUUUGGAGAUUGCUCGGUCUACUGCUGGCAUUUCUAUAUGCCAAUGCAAGUUUGCUUUGGAUAUUUUAAGUGACACUGGUCACUUGGCUUCUAAGCCUUCAGCUUUCCCGAUGGAUUCUAAUGCUAAGUUUUCAGCUUCGGAUGGUGAAUUGCUCAAUGAUCCCAAGUCCUAUCGCAGGUUAAUUGGUAGGUUGUUGUAUCUUACUAUCACUCGUCCUGACUUAACUUUUGUUGUCCACACUUUAAGUCAGUUCAUGCAGGCUCCUCGCAAGCCUCAUUUGGAUGUUGUUUUUCACAUCCUUCGUUACAUCAAGGCUGCUCCCGGUCAGGGCUUAUUUUUUCCAGCUUCUUCUUCCUGUCACUUGGAGGCUUUUUAUGAUUCUGACUGGGCUUUGAUACCCGACGUUCCGUUUUCGAGUUUUGUGUUUUUCUAG